AUGAAGGAAAUAAUAAAUAUUGGUAUAGGAAAUUAUGGGAUACAAAUUGCCAAUGAAUUCCUUGAAGAACUCUGCAUUGAUCAUGAUAUUGGCUUAGAUGGGGUGAAAAAGCCUUUAUCUGAAAAGGACUAACAACUAGAUUAUCCUAAUAUUUACUUUGAGGAAUUGAGCAGUGGAAAGUUUAUUUCGAGAUCUUUGCUGAUUGAUACUGAUUCCACAAAGAUAGAAAACGUAAGAAGUGGAAAAAUGAGGCAAUUGCAGUCGAUUGACAAUUACUCAUGCUUAAAGUCAGGAGGAUCUGGAAAUUAUGCAAAAGCUAGAAAUGCUUAUGAGGACGGGCUUAUAGAUUCGUUCCAAGAUAAAUUGAGAAAGCUAGUUGAGGGUUGUGAUAAAUUUCAAGCUUUUCAAGUCCAAUAUGCCACAGGUGGAGGGACUGGAUCUGGACUUGGAAGUAAGAUAACAGAACACUUAUCUGCAGAGUAUCCAGGUGAGUUGGUAUAGACAUUCAAUUUACUUUCCAACGGCAAAUUAUAGGAGAGAAGUCUAGAGACAUAUAAUACAGUCCUUGGCUUUAAUUCCCUAGUUUAAAAUGUAUAAUCCACUGUACUGUUUGAUAAUCAUUCCCUUUUCAAUUUAUGUCAGAGACAAUUCAAACUACCUAAGCCAAAUAUUGAAGAUGUAAAUUACCUGAUGACCUAGUAUAUGACUACUAUUACUAGUGCAAUAAGGUUUCCGAGCAAGUAGAUAAAUGAUUUUAGAAAGAUGGCAACUUCUACUGUUCCAUUUCCUAGGAUGCAUUUCUUCAUUCCAUCAAUGGCGAAUCUUGCGCCUAGAUAUACUGAAGAAUACGAAAAAGAUGAUAUGAGAACAAAAGACGUGUGCUACAGACUAUUUGAUGCCAGAAAUACUUUACUGGAUGUAGACUUUUCCAAAGGAAGAUUCUACGGUUACACAGCUAUUUUUAGAGGUAUAAAUUACUCUACAGUUGAUCUUAUCUAAGCGCUGCGUAAAAAUUAGGAUAGUAAUAGCAGUUAUUUUGCGGAAUGGCUGCCUGAUCAUCAUGCUGUUGGUGUUAUUAGCAGGGACUUAAAGUAUCUGCCUAAAAAUUAAGGGAUUUUAUUGGGAAAUUCAACUUGUAUUAGCUAAACGCUUGAGAAACUAGUAGAAGAUUUUACCAAGUUAUUAAGAAGAAAAGCCUAUCUAACUCAUUUUACUGAAUAAGGUUUGGAUGAGAUGGAAUUUACUGAAGCAGAAAGUAACUUAAACGAUUUAAUCUCAGAAUUCAAACCUUGCAAUUAUUAUGAUGGUGAGCAUGAAGAAGCAGAUGAUUAUUGA